GAUGUCCCGUGUCUCGGACCCGUUGCCGAAAGCACGGCAGGAAAAAAUGAAAGACAUUAAUGUAAAGAACAAAGAGAAAGAGCGGAAGGCACGGGAGAAAGAGACAAAGGAGCGUGAGUCGCGUUACAGCAAUGGUCACCUGUUUACUUCCCUCAGUGUUUCUGCCACCACACUCUGCUCGGCAUGCAACAAGAGCAUCACUGCAAAAGAAGCCCUCAGCUGCCCCACUUGCAAUGUAACCAUUCAUAACCGCUGUCGUGACACACUGGCCAACUGCGCCAAAAUGAAACAGAAGAGGCUGGCUCUGGUCAGGAACACUGCAACUUUACAUAAUGUGGCCCUCCGCAGCAAAAAUCCAAUACUGAAGGAAAGGCCGAGUUCAGCCAUUUACCCAUCAGAGACACUGAGACAGUCUUUCCUCGGUUCCCGCAAGGGACGCUCCACACUGUCACUCAACAAGAGUGUUUCCACCAAUAACAUUGCAGGAAGUCUAAAUGAUGAUUCUCCUGUCGGACUGAGGCGGAUUCUGUCUCACUCCACAGACUCUCUGAACUUCAGGAACAGAGCCAUGUCCAUGGAAUCCCUUAACGAUGAAGGAGAAAUGUAUUAUGCAUCAAUGUUGGAGGAACUGGAGAAGGAUGGGAAGGAUUUUGAGGCAGAUUCCUGGAGUCUGGCUGUGGACUCUUCUUAUCUACAGUCUCAACGCAAAGACGUCAUCAAGAGACAAGACGUCAUAUAUGAGCUGAUUCAGACAGAGCUAAACCACAUGCGUACGCUGCGGAUCAUGGAGGGGGUGUUUCGCAGAGGAAUGCUGGAAGAAGUGUUGAUGGAGAUGGGUGUAGUUCACGCCAUCUUUCCCUGCUUAGAUCAGCUGCUGUCUAUUCACUCCAAUUUCCUGAGCCAACUACUGCAGAGACGAAACAAUAGCCUGGCACCCAGCAGCACCCGCAACUUUACCAUUCAAAAGCUGGGAGAUAUUCUGGUGGAGCAGUUCUCAGGUCAGAGUGCAGAAGAGAUGAGGAAAUGCUAUGUUGAAUUCUGCAGUCGACACCUGAAAGCUGUCAAACUCUAUAAGGAGCUGCUGGCCCGCGAUAAGAGGUUCCAGCAGUUCAUACGGCGGGUAUGCAGAGGUUCUUUACUGCGUCGCCAUGGUGUCCAAGAGUGCAUCUUACUCGUCACUCAACGCAUCACUAAAUACCCUGUACUUAUCAAGCGCAUACUAGACAAUACUAAAGGUAAUGAAGAAGAGAGUAAAUCUAUGGCUGACUCUCUGACGCUGAUCCGGGAGCUGCUGUGCUCCGUGGACCAGCAGGUUCAAGAGUUAGAGCGAGCACAGCGUUUGCAGGAAAUCCAGUCUCGUCUGGACCCGCGAGCCGAGACGAAAGUUAAGGGUGGAGGAGUGUUUGGUGGAGGAGAGCUGCUGCGCCGUAGAUUCAUUCACGAGGGAGCACUGCUCUGGAAGACUGCUCAAGGCUCCAGACUCAAAGAUGUGCACGUUUUGUUGAUGACAGACAUCCUGGUGUUCAUGCAGGAAAAAGACCAGAAGUAUAUUUUUCCCUGUCUGGACAAACCGGCAGUACUGGGCCUUCAGAAUUUGAUUGUGAGAGAUAUAGCCAAUCAGGAGCGAGGAAUGUUCCUCAUCAGUCACUCCACACCUCCAGAGAUGUACGAGCUGCACGCCGCCUCCAAAGACGACAGAAACACUUGGAUGAAACUCAUUCAGCAGACAGUGAGCAACUGUCCAUCAAGAGAGGAUUUCCCUCUGAUUGAAACUGAGGACAAAGCUUUGCUACGACAACUCAGAGCUGAUAUCCAGCAGAAGGAUCGUGAAGUUUUGGAGCUGUUACAGGAGCGUGUGACAUUGUUCUCUGAUUUGGCCGAGGCCACCGGAGGUCAGAAUGUUAACGUUCCCACAAACUCCAGAAAUAUAUUCCGAGCAGAUACGCCCUACGCUCCCCAGGCGGAAAAGCUACUGAAUGACGCCUUUGUUGAGGUGGACAGACUGAGUGAAGUGCUGUUGGGUUCCUGCAUUGAGUGUUCACAGUCCUGCAGAUUGAACGGUGAAUCAACAGAGGUGCAAUUCAUCUCUAAAACAACAGAUAAAGGAACGAUAUCAGUUAACGGAACCCAUGAAAGAAACAGUCCAUCUAACAAGGACAGGAAUGGAAACCAGCUGCAGGACAAGAUGCUGAAUGAGGAGGUGUGCCAAAGACUUGUGAACCUCAGCACUCAGCUUCAUGCACUACAGGCUGCAGUGAUCAAGCAGGACUCAAUCCUGGAGGUGUACAUGCAGAAGGACUUGUGUCCCACUACAGCAGCAGUGCUCAAGGCAGGUGGUCCUGAGGGUACUCAAGGAGAUCUGGCAGAGCUACAGAGCAAAUACAACCUGCUGGAAGGAGAAGUGAUCCGAUUACGGGCCGCCCAGGACAAGACGGGCGAUAGCGCGCCAAUUCAGCUUGUAAAACAACUCCAAGAGCUGCGGCUUAAAGACACAAUGGACACACGUGACACGUUGAUCUCACAGGAAACAGCAGUUCAGGUGGAUGGCAUGCAAGCGGACGACAAGAUGGCGAUAUUUCCUCGAGCUGACAGUCCCAGAGAUCUGCAGGAUAUUCCAGAGGAGAGUGAGUGUGGGACUGAAGCUCACAGUUAACAUCAGCUCAUCUGGAAGAUCCUACCUUAGGGGCUGUUUACACGACAAUGUUUUUUAGCCAAAAACGGGAAACUUUUUAUGCGUUUUGCCUGUUCGUUUACACGACAACGGCGUUUUGGG